UCGCCCUCCAGGUCUUAGGCGGUCCAUGUAUACUGUAUAUUGCUUUGUAUAUAUGCACGCUGAACUGAAUACCUGUAUUGUCUAUAUUCAUAAUGAACUGUAUAUUGUAAUAUACAUGCUGAACUGUGAAUACCACUGUACUGGGAACGGUUAGUGUGAGGUAAACAGUAAACAGUUCAAACGUGUACUGCAGGAAGAACUUAAAGUGAGGAGCUUAAACUACUGAUCACACCACAGGGAAACAACUUGGUGUAAACUACCCAUAAAACAAGUUGGCCAGUACUGUACUUGCUGUUGUGUUGGAAGACAAUCAUGAAUGAUGAUGCAGAAAUGCCACAGGAGAUGGAGGAAGCAAUGGACCGCAUUGUUGCUAUGGAGAAAAUGGAGCUUUCAUCCCUUCUGGAUCAUCUAAUGAUGCUGAAGAAUCAAGAAAGUAUCUUAAGAAAAAUAGAGAUAUAUGAAAGCAAAGAGCUACAUACCGCAGAAACCGACCAAGACGAAGGGAGAUUCAACAAGAACCAACUUGUUGAUGAGAUUGAUGAACUGCAUCAUGCACUGGUCACUCACAAGCUAGUCCGUGAUGCAAUGCAGAAUACAGUAUUUAAUGUUCAGAAACAGGAGGUAGUGAGCAACAGCCUAAGAAAGGUAGAGACUGAGGACACUGUGGAUCACUUCCCAGAGAAGGGGGCUCUGCUGUUCCACUACAGUAACAACCUAGAUACCUGUAAGAUAUUGAAGGAUGUUGUACAGGAGAAGGAAGAGCUUGACAAAGAGAUCUUGGAACUCCGUUUAAAGUAUAAUCAAUGUUUAGACGAUAUCAAGAACAAAUGGAAGGCAUGCGACAGUAAUAUGGUUCCAGUGUCAGAUGAGAGUGAGGAAGUUGCAAAAUUUCGAACGACAGUCAAAGAACGAGAAGAUAAGUUGAGGAUAAUAGUUUCCAUACUUCAAGGCAUAAUCAGUACAAGUGGAUUGAAUUGGGGCGCUGAAGAUUAUUAUGUGAAGGUGUUACUUCUAUGCGAUCUUGCAGUCACACAUGGGGACAAAGCUGAGCAGGACUCAGUGAUAAAGGAUCUUGAAAGACUUCGUAACCUGAAAAUCAGAGAAGGAAAAAGAAAGGGUAGAGAUAUUAAGUCAUACUUCACCAGCAGCCCCAGACCAAAAAAAAAAUAACUUCUCUAAGGUAAUCCAGGUACUUUUGUAGUAAUUUUGAAAGGCACCAUUUUUUGUCUGAAGAAGCUGCAAUAUUUAAUCAUUCAUAAUUUAUCAGUUUAGGUACUUGUAGAUCAUAUAUGCUAUCUUCCAUAAUUACUGCAAGGAUUGGACAUCAUUCUGACACUAUUCCCCAUAGCAGAUGAACAGUGAAGGUAUCUUUAUCACACACUUAUCAUCAUACAGUUCAAGAGUCCAGCUGAUCGAGAAGUAAUAUGUACAGUGUAUCGUAAUUUGUAUUAACUAAAUCUGUAGUAUGCUAUUCAUUAAGUUUUAUUAAAAAAUACAUGUAAUAAUA